AUGAACUACCCCUUAACCCUGGACAUGGAAUUCAUGGAGGAACUGUACAAGGAAUUCCCCAACUACACGGAAAGCACAGACACCUCCGGGAUAGACAGUCACAUCUGCUCCACAGUUGAGGGGCCUCUACUGACCUCCUUCAAGGCUGUGUUCAUGCCUGUGGCCUACACCUUCAUCUUCCUCCUGGGUCUGAUGGGCAACAUCCUGGUGCUGGUGAUCCUGGAGCGGCACCGGCAGACGCGCAGCUCCACUGAGACCUUCCUGUUCCACCUGGCUGUGGCCGACCUCCUCCUGGUCUUCAUCCUGCCCUUUGCUGUGGCUGAGGGCUCUGUGGGCUGGGUCCUGGGCAUCUUCCUCUGCAAAACUGUCAUCGUUUUGCACAAGAUCAACUUCUACUGCAGCAGCCUGCUCCUGGCCUGCAUUGCUGUGGACCGCUACCUGGCCAUCGUCCAUGCAGUCCACGCCUACCGCCACCGCCGCCUCCUCUCCAUCCAUAUUACUUGUGCCACCAUCUGGCUUGCGGGCUUCCUCUUCGCUUUGCCAGAGAUUCUCUUUGCCAAGGUCAGCCAACCCCAUCACAAUGACUCCCUGCCACGCUGCACCUUCUCCCAAGAAAACCAAGCGGAAGCCAAUGCCUGGUUCAUCUCCCGCUUCCUCUACCACAUUGGGGGAUUCCUGCUGCCAAUGCUGGUGAUGGGCUGGUGCUACGUGGGGGUGGUACACAGGCUGUGCCAGGCCCAGCGGCGCCCCCAGCGACAGAAGGCAGUCCGGGUGGCCAUCCUGGUGACAAGCAUCUUCUUUCUCUGCUGGUCACCCUACCACAUCGUCAUCUUCCUAGACACCCUGGCGAGAUUGAAGACUGUGGACAACAGCUGCGAACUGAACGGCUAUCUCCCCAUGGCCAUCACCGUGAGUGAGUUCCUGGGCCUGGCUCACUGCUGCCUCAAUCCCAUGCUCUACACUUUUGCCGGCGUGAAGUUCCGCAGUGACCUGUCUCGGCUUCUGACCAAGCUGGGCUGUGCCGGCCCUGCCUCCCUGUGUCAGCUCUUCCCUAGUUGGCGCAAGAGCAGCCUGUCUGAGUCAGAGAAUGCCACCUCCCUCACCACCUUUUAG